GCGGCGCGGCGCGGCGCGGCCCUGGCUGCGGCCCAGCUUCCUCCGUCGUUUCCUGCCGCCGCGCUCUCCUGUCUGCAGGCUGCCCGCGGCUCCUAAGUGACAGAUGCGGGUGAAAGAUCCAUCAAGAGCCAACCCCGAGAAACCAAAGAGAAGCAAAAGGCCUAACAGGCCACAGGAUGAGGACUCUUCAGAUGAUAUUUCAGGCUUAACCUGCCAGCAUGUGAGCCAAGCAGUAGAUGUGCAUCAUGUUAAGAGGGUGGUAGCUCAGAGCGUCUGGUCAAUAUGUGCAGAAUGUUUGAAGGAGAGACGGAUGAGUGAUGGUGAGCCCGUGGCACCUUCGGACAUAUGGCUGUGUCUCAAAUGUGGCUCUCAGGGAUGUAGUAAGAACUCUGAAGGCCAGCAUUCUCUGAAACACUUCCAAACAGCACGCACAGAACCUCAUUGCAUUGUUAUCAACCUCAGCACAUGGAUCAUAUGGUGUUAUGAAUGUGAUGAAGAGCUGUCAACACAUUGCAACAAAAAGGUUUUGGCUCAGAUAGUUGACUUUCUUCAAAAACAUGGUUCCAGGGCUGAACCAAGUUCAUCAAAAAUCAUACGACUCCGUGAAGAGAACAGUGAAACUAGUGAAAUACUGAAAGGAAAAGGUUCUGGAACUGGUGCAUCAGUUCCAGUUAAAGGAAUAAAUAAUUUGGGAAAUACGUGCUUUUUUAAUGCUGUCAUGCAGAACUUGGCACAGACGCAUGUACUAAAUGAACUGAUGUAUGAGAUGAAGGAGAAAGGAACAAAGUUAAAGAUCUGUCAUACUUCAGACUCCCAAUUGGAUCCUCUGGUGGUAAACCUCUCAAGCCCAGGACCUUUGACUUCAGCGAUGUUCUUGUUCCUUCACAGCAUGAGGGAGGCUGGAAAAGGUCCUCUUUCUCCCAAAGUGCUGUUCAGCCAGCUUUGUCAAAAGGCUCCUCGAUUUAAGGGGUUCCAGCAGCAGGACAGCCAGGAGCUUCUGCACUAUCUGUUGGAUGCAAUGAGGAUUGAAGAAACAAAGCGUAUACAAACUGGUAUCUUAAAAGCAUUUAAUAAUCCAACUACUAAGACAGCAGAUGAAGAAACCAGAAGAAAAGUCAAAGCAUAUGGAAGAGAGGGUGUGAAGAUGAACUUCAUAGAUAGGAUCUUUGUUGGUGAAUUGACUAGCACUGUCAUGUGUGAGGAAUGUGAAAAUAUUUCAACAGUAAAAGAACCUUUCAUUGAUCUUUCACUACCUAUAAUAGAGGAGAGGGUUGCAAAACCUGUGCCUUUGGGAAGAACAGGUAAAGGUAAAAGUGUACAAGAGGCAGAUCUUGGUCAGUAUAACUGUUCUUCUGUCACUACACUGAAUAAUCAACCCAAAAUUGUCAAGAAACAUGCUUUAACAAAAGAUAAGAAUCAAUUGAACCAGGAAAGACGGCUUGCCAGAAAAGCUUCCUCGAAUGAAGAAGAAAGAAGUCCUGUUAUAAUACAGGAAAAAAACAAAAAGCUUGAGCUGGAAGGUGGCUCUGGCGUUCUGUGUUCCAAAGACACAACUGCUGACUCUGCUGUAAAUGGAAGUCAGACGGAUGGCAGUGAGAAGGAAGCCAGCCGCUCUGAAAGCAGCUUUGAUGCAGAUAGUGAAGCCUCAGAAAGCGAAAGUGCUUCUAAGCAAACAGCUUUCAGUCCAUCCAGCAACAUGUCUGGUUUGCAUGUCAACCACAUAAAUGUUAAAACGCCCCACAACAAACCAAGUGACAGUACCGAAGGGAUGAUUUCUAGUGCCAUAUCCAAACUCAGCUUAUGUGAUACUAUGCAUGAAGAUAAAAAAUCAAGCCGUGGAGAUCCAGCAACAGGUUUAUCAAAUAAUUCCAUGUUCUCAGGAGACAAAUCCCCUCUGUCCCAAAACCCUCAAAAUGCUUUCCAGACACUUUCCCAAAGCUACAUAACUAGCUCAAAGGAAUGUUCUGUUCAGUCCUGCCUCUACCAGUUCACCUCUGUGGAACUCCUCAUGGGGAACAACAAGCUCUUAUGUGAGAGCUGCACAGAAAAGAAACAGAAGUAUCAGAAGAAAACCAACUCCACAGAAAAGAAAAUGGAAGGUGUCUACACAAAUGCUCGGAAGCAGCUGCUGAUUUCUUCAGUUCCUGCUAUUCUUAUUCUCCAUCUGAAAAGAUUCCACCAGGCUGGUUUGAGUCUACGGAAAGUGAAUAGGCAUGUGGAUUUCCCACUGAUUUUAGACUUAGCACCAUUUUGUGCUGCAUCUUGCAAGAAUGUUACGGAUGGUGCAAGAGUGCUGUACAGUCUUUAUGGAAUAGUGGAGCACAGUGGGUCAAUGAGAGGUGGUCAUUAUGCAGCAUAUGUAAAAGUCAGGACACCCUCCAAGAAAUUACUGGAGCAUAUUUCUACCACUAAAAAUGUUCUGGGCUUAAAAGAAGCCGUGGGAGCAUCAGGAGGACAGUGGGUGUAUGUUAGUGAUGCCCAUGUUCAGAUGGUUCCAGAAUCAAGAGUACUAAAUGCACAAGCAUAUCUACUUUUUUAUGAAAGAUUAUUACUAUAAGUCUCAAUGAUUUAAUUUAAAGAUGGUAGUGGUUAUUUAGUUUAUCUUAUUUAAAGCUGCAGUGGUAAGAGUACCUGUAAAUAUUGUGCCUUUAUCUUGUAGAGAAUUUAUCAUAUGUUGACUCUGAAGUUCAGUCAAGCUAUUAUAAAUAUCAGAAUUGUUCUCUUGAAGUAUGCACUUUUCCAAACAUUUAAAAUUCCUGGAUUAAUUAAAAUACAGUACCGUUAGAAUGUAAGAUGAUGUCCUAUCCUACUGAGGUCUAUAGAAAGUUUGUUUUUGAUAAAGAUAAGCUUUCACCCAUAGUACUAGAACAGUUGAGAAUAAAAAUACUGAUAGUGUUAAGUGCCUGGAUUUGGUGGUGUACAGUAACUAUAGAAAGUAUUUCAACUUCUGUGAUCUAAUCCAGAUCCUUCCCAUCUCUGGGUUGGUUGUCAGCUGUUAAGAAUCCUGCAAACAAGAACCUGUCAAAUUGUGUUGUAGUAAUUGGAAAGCACAGUGCUUCCAGAAUGGAGUAACAGCUGUCUCUGGUUAAGGCUGCAGUGCACUUUCCCAACAGAGCUGGGAAUAGACUGGGAAAAUGUUGCUUCCUCAAAGUAACAGUGAAUCCUUAGAUACCCAAUACCCUUUCAGCUGUCUCCAGCUGGCACAGGUAUAGCAAUGUAUUCUUGUUUAAAUAUAUACUUGGUGUGCAUAUAUAUAUCCUCAUAUAUAUAUUUAUAUACACACAUGUGUGUGUAUAUAUAUGCACACCAUAAAUCAAUAUAUAUUGUCAUUUUACCUGCUAGGAAAGACAAUUGCAAAUACUUCUGUAUUUAGUAAAUUUUCAACUUCAUAUUUAUGACAAUGUACAGCAUAUAAGCUUGUGUAUGAAUAUGUAUUGAAUUUAAGUGUAACUGGGUAAUUCUGUUACUUUUGGUUCUAAAAAUGAAUUUAUCUGUUCCUGAAUACUUUUCUCACAGGAGUAAUAAACUAUAAAUUAUUUUUGCACUGU